AUGAAGGUAUCAGUAACCCCCAGUAAGAAACUUCGGGAAGUCACUGAGGACGACAUUACUUUCACGGAGAAAGACGCAGAUGGACUAAUGCUGCCGUACAAUGAUGCCUUGGCAAUCUCUCUUAAUGUUGUAGAUUUUAAAAUUAAACGCGUUUUGGUAGACCUAGGAAGUUCGGCCAAUAUUAUCCAGUGGAGAGUGCUGGAGCAAGCCAAGCUGACCGAAAGUAUCAUUUCAUCUACAAAACUCUUCGCUGGAUUCAAUUUGGCAAGCGUGACAACCCAAGGAGAGAUCCUGCUGCCCACAAAUGCCGAUGGGGUAAUGAAGACGACCCUUUUCGAGGUAGUAGAUGGCGAUAUGGGCUACAAUAUUAUCCUGGGAAGACCAUGGUUACCCGAAAUGAAGGUUGUGCCAUCAACAUAUCAUCAAUUACUGAAGUUCCCAACCUUCGAGGGAGUUAAACAAAUAAGAGGAUACCAACCGGCAUCGAGGGAGAUGGAUGUAAUCUCAGUUUGCAGUAGCAAAGAGAAGGAGCAUGCGGCAUAG